GAGGAGGAACCAGCCUGCCCUCUCACGACUCUGCACCGACCACCUCCUCAACACGGAUCCCGACUGGACGCAGUUAUUCUCCUGGUUCAACCCGCGGAGGAGCAGAUAACCUGUUCACAGCAGCGGAGGAACUCCUCCUGGUUUGUUGUGUGGAGAACCGAGCCGCGGCAGCGCUGAUAUAAACACUUCUGCAUGGAUGUAGCGCAGUGAUGGACUCGCGCUGUUUUUGGAUCUUAAGUCUGUUUUUUUAUGGAAGGCGCUACUUGUGCACAUAAAUCCUGCCACUGACUUUGUUUUAGCUGCUUAAAGGUUUUUUUUUUUUUUUAUCUUCGUGGGCUUGGUGAAUGAUGGCGACAGAGCAGGUCAAAGAGUGGUCCUCCUGUACCUGCUCCGAGGGAUGAUGAAGAUGAUGAUGGCGGUCUAUCUCCCUGGUGAAUGAACACUCUCACUUCCCCCUCUCUCCUCUGACUCCCUGCCUUCAAACGAUGGAUCUGAAAGUAGAGCCCGAGGAGCUGGACUCGAGCCAGCCUCCGCCCGUGGAAGUUUUCGCGCACGGCUCGACCCUCCACGGCAUCGCGCACGUCUUCAACCACGAGCGCUGCUGCGCGCGGCGCCUCCUGUGGCUCCUGUUCUUCCUGACCUCGCUCACGUUCCUGCUGUACGUGUGCGUGGAUCGCGUCCACUUUUACCUCGAGUACCCGCACGUCACCAAGCUGGACGAGGUCGCGACCCCGGUCAUGACGUUCCCGGCGGUGACCUUCUGCAACCUGAACGCGUUCCGGUUCAGCCAGAUCACGCGCAACGACCUGUACCACGCCGGGGAGCUGCUGGCCCUGCUCAAACACGGGCAUGAGAUCAGGGACAUCCACCUCGUGGAGGAGAGCGUGCUGGAGAGCCUGAAGGUCAAAACCGACUUCCACAACUUCAAGCCACGCCCCUUCAACAUGCGGGAAUUUUAUGACCGCACGGGUCACGACAUCAAAGACAUGCUGCUGUCCUGCCACUUCCACGGCACCGAGUGCAGACCUGAAGACUUUAAUGUGGUCUUCACUCGAUACGGGAAGUGCUACACCUACAACGCGGGCGGCGAUGGACGCCCUCCGCUCAUCACGACCAAAGGGGGUAUGGGUAAUGGCCUGGAGCUCAUGCUGGACAUUCAGCAGGAUGAAUAUCUGCCCGUCUGGGGAGAAACAGAUGAGACUUCGUUUGAAGCUGGGGUCAAAGUUCAGAUCCACAGUCAGGACGAGCCGUCCUUCAUCGACCAGCUCGGCUUUGGCGUGUCACCGGGUUUUCAGACGUUCGUCUCCUGCCAGGAGCAACGGCUGAUCUACCUGCCCCCACCGUGGGGUGACUGUAAGGUGACGCCCAUGGAUUCAGAGUUCUUCGGCACUUACAGCAUCACGGCCUGUCGCAUAGACUGUGAAAUGCGCUACCUGGUGGAGAACUGCAACUGUCGCAUGGUGCACAUGCCCGGCGAUGCGCCUUACUGCACCCCCGAGAUGUACAAGGAAUGCGCUGACCCAGCCCUCGGGACAAUAUUUUGGUUUUGGACAUCUUCUUUGAAGCUCUAAACUAUGAAACUAUCGAACAGAAGAAAGCCUACGAAGUGGCCGGACUUUUAGGUGACAUCGGUGGUCAGAUGGGUCUUUUUAUUGGCGCGAGCAUACUGAGCAUCCUGGAGAUAUUCGACUACAUUUAUGAGGUGCUGAAGUACAAACUGUGCCGCUGCUCGAGCAAGAAGCACAAACACAACAACAACAACCAGGGAACCGUCCUGAGCUUAGACGACGUCAAGUGUCACGUCAGUAACUUUCACUGAUCCUCUGCGGCCCGGAGCUGCUGCGGGCAGCUGGAGGCGUGUGUGAACGGUGCCUGGGGAAAGGUUUGUGACACGGGCAGAGCAGAGGAACGGCCACAUGGACGCUGGAGCGACCGAGACCAGAGCUCAACGUGACGUGAUGAGACGAUCACUUUGUGAUGAUCGUUAACACCUCAGAGAAACAGACAGCGGGAGACUGCAGCUAAAUGAAAGCUUAAUGUGUGUUCAGUUGAUCAGCUUUAAGAUGUUUGUUGUCUGUCGUUGUGAUCAGCCUUCAUGACAAACUAUUAAUAGACUUUGUUUUUCUACACUCUUCCUCCAUUCUCAUCUUGAACCUGUAUUUGUUGAUUAAUCUCUGUGCACUACCUCAUCUGUCGGGGUGACAGUGUCUUAAAAGAUUUCCUGAACCAAGACAAACUGAGCAUCACUAAGAUCUUUAUUUUAACCUACAGAAACAGAAUAUCAAAAUAAACUAAUGGGGUCAGGUUAUUUACACAGCAAA